AUGCGUCUCCUCACCAUCAUUAUCAUCCUGCUGCUCCUUCAGUCAGCUGAACCUCGGAAAGGCGGCCGAAAUAAGGCCGCACAACGGGGCACCAAGGGCCGUGUGCGAGGCAGAGGAAGGGCAAGCCUCAUGAAGCGUCAAACUCAGGAAUGUAAGGAGUACACAGAAAAGAGAGAAAAGUUUCUUGACUGCCAGGAUAGGCAGCUGACAUUUGUAAAUCAAGACUGGCCCAAAGACAUUCAGCACCUUUUGCUGGCAAAAAAUAAGAUUCAGGUUUUAAGGAAUAACAUGUUUGAACAGUUCACCAAGUUGAAGAGCCUGGAUCUUCAGCAAAAUGCUAUUUCAGUGAUAGAGGAUAAUGCGUUCAGUGGCCUCGAUCAGCUCACCACACUUCUCCUUCAACAUAACCGCAUCAGAACAGCCUCCGAGGAAUUCCUCCUGCCCUUACGCAGCCUCUCCUACCUCCGCAUUUUUGACAACCCCUGGAGCUGCCGCUGCCCCCUGGAAACCCUUGUCAGGACCCUGCAGGUGCCCAGUAAUCGCAACUUAGGCAACUAUGCCAAGUGCGCUGAGCCGCGUUCUAUGAAGGGCAAAAAGCUUAAAGAGCUAGAAGCAGAAUUGCUGUGUGCCAAAGACAACAGGUCAGAGGUUUUGGAGGGGCCAGAACCUGGGCCUGUAAUAGAAAAGUCAGAUGCUGUGUCCAUUUGCAAUCUCAAAUAUCCCGGACCCCUCCUGAACUGCAGACACAAAGGUCUGAAUCGUAUGCCCCCAGAAAUGCCAUUGGAUCUAGUGGGGAUAGACAUGUCCAAUAACAUCAUCAAGCAUCUCAGGCCUAAACAAUUCCUGCUGUCCAAAGAACUCAAGCUACUCAACCUCAGCAGCAACAAACUUGAAAAAAUAGAUACAGCUGCUUUUGCAGGCCUGCUGUACCUCCGUCACCUUGAUCUGUCCAACAACAGCCUUCGGUAUUUCCCUUACGGCGUACUGGAGGACCUGUACUUCCUACGGAAGCUUAACUUGGACAACAACCCAUGGAUGUGCGACUACUACAUUCACUACUUGGUCUACUGGCUCAAACAUCACCCAGCUGUCUCAGUCACUGGCCUGAUCUGCUCAGAGCCAGAGGAGUUCAGGGGCUGGAGAGUGGAAGACUACGUCAAAACCUACAACGGGGAGUGUCCUAUAGAUAAACAGAUAGAAGACAAUGACAAUGGGCAGGGAGCACAUGGAGGGUCUGAGAACGAAGCACAGCAGGUGAUGGGGGAGAUGGCUGAAGGACAAUUGGAUCUUAUACCCCAGCCCAUAAGGAAGAAGGAACCCAAUGAGAUAGACAUCAUCAGAUUGAGCUAGAAUGGGAGAAAUUUACACAUGACUAUUGACCUGCAGGUCAGACGUCAACAUGGAUUUAAAAAAAAUCAGUGAUUAAGUGUUAAAGAUAUAGUAUGUGAAGUAAAAUAUUGAGUAAAAGUAUUUCUUAAAAAGCAAUUUCCAUCCUCAUUAAUAAGCAUAAAAUAGGAUGAUAAACAUUUGCUCUAACACUUAUUUGUUUCAUUGCCUUGCUGCUUUGUUUUUUAAGUGGUGGGCUUUAAAUUCUAUUUAUCUUAUAUAAGAAUAUUUCCAAACCAGGCUGUGUUUGUUGCCAAACCCUGACAUUCCAGCUGGUUAGAUUGUGGUGCCUUUUUGUUUUGUUUCUGUGCAGUAACACUGAGAUCAGGAUAUGUUUUCUUUGGUUUACUUGUUAUUUUUCAGCUUAAUGUCUGACAUUUUCUGUAUUUUCUCUGGAAUAAAUUUGGGUCUAUUUUUUGUUUU